GCCAUCGGUUUCCGAUUUUCUUCAAUUCUAUAACGUAACUUUGUCGGUAAGUCUCUGAUCGUCGAGCACGUGACUUCCCUCCGGCCGCCGCAUUUCCUUCCCCUUGCCUUGAUCUCUGAUUACCUGACCGGAAAUUCCCCUUCGUUCGAGUUUAUUUUCCCGGUGCUAUGAGAUUUUGUACUUGAACAAUUUCUUACAGAUCCCUGGACUCCUACCGAGUUUGAAGAGUUUUGGAAUUCUUUGCAACGAGAAUUCGCGCUCUUUUUCCUUCUCCCCAUGGCGUCGAGGAAUCGGACUUUGAUUUUUAGGAAAUACAGGGACGCGUUGAGGAGUGUGAGGGUUCCUACCGGCUCUUCGCCUGCUUCUGCAUCGCCAUCGACUAGCUCUGGCACUGGUGGACCGGUGAUUGAAUUGGUUAGCUCGUCGUUGUUGCAUCCGAAUCGGUCGUACGCUCCCUUAAGUACUGAGGAUCCGGGUAAUUCAAGUAAGGGUGCUCUUACUGUGGGUCUACCUCCGGCUUGGGUGGAUGUAUCCGAAGAAAUAGCUGCAAAUGUGCAGCGUGCACGAGUAAAGAUGAUGGAGUUAGCUAAAGCUCAUGCAAAGGCUUUAAUGCCUUCAUUUGGAGAUGAUAAAGAAGAUCAACGGUUAAUUGAAUCUCUCACGCAAGACAUAACUAACUUAAUCAAGAAAUCGGAGAAGGGGCUCAAGAGAUUUUCCGUAGCUGGACCUUCAGAAGAUUCCAAUAUCAGAAAAAAUGUUCAGCGAUCUCUUGCCACUGACCUUCAGAACCUCUCCAUGGAGCUUCGCAAGAAACAAUCAACUUAUUUAAAGCGCCUACGGCAGCAAAAAGAGGUCUGGGAAGAAUAUUUCAUUCAGCAUUUCAAUUCCACAUUUCCAUCAUCAAAAUUACUUUG